AUGUCGAAUCCCAGCCAGCUCUUCCUGCUAUCAGACCACAUCAAGCUAUCCCUCCUGGAGCGCCAGCGCGCAACAGCCCUCGACCUCGACAACGGCACGCAAGACGGACACAUCUCCCAGUCCCUGGACCAGUUCCGCACCGGACUGGCCUCUCUUGAGAAAGAGAAAGCCCGCCAUGAGCAGCAAGGCAACACCGAGUCGGCAGCAGCUUUGGCAGAUUUCCUUUCGAGCCUGCAGCAGCAGUACGACGAUCUGGCCGCCGAGUUCAACGGCUUCUCCAGCGCGUCCACAAGACAGACCCUCACCGAGCCGAAUUCGAGCGAGCUAGGGCACGACUUCUCCCACGCAGCCUCCAGGAGGCCCAAAACUGUCCGCUUCAGCGAUACGCCGCUUCCGCUGCCUCAGGAAGAGCUGUUCGGGGCGUAUCGCGAUGAUCCGUCCGUAGAUUCCGCCGCACGUGACGACCCGACCGCAGACAUGACGAACCAGCAACUUCACCAGUACCAUAGUCAGAUUCUGGAAGAGCAGGACGAGCAGCUCGAUCGACUGGGGCGGUCCAUUGGACGCCAAAGGGAAAUCAGCAUGCAGAUUGGCGAUGAACUCGAUAGCCACGUCGCCAUGCUGGAUGAGAUGGAUGAGAUUGUGGACCGCCAUCAAAGCCGUCUGGAACGUGCCAAAGGCGUGCUGGUAAAAGUAUCAAAGGGUGCUGCAGAGAACAAGCAGAUGACUCUCAUUGUUAUUCUUAUUAUGAUUUUGGUCCUCUUGAUUGCCAUCUUAAAGUAA